UGUAAUCAACAAUGACAUAAUGCGACAGGGAGCUCCAAAUAUUAAUUCCGGUAGCUUCCCCUCUUUCGCAAACGUUCGAUUGAUAUCAAGAAUUGAAGCGAUACCAAACUUCAAACGCACAAAUAUUACUCAAAAUGUCCGCUACACUUCUUCGCACAUCUGCUGCAGCUCGUGCUGCUCUUAGAGCCAGCUCUUCCAAACGGGCUGCUUCAAUGGCAAGCACAAGCUUCGUCCGUGGAAAGGCUACUCUUCCAGAUCUUCCAUGUUAGCUCCUUUCAUACCCAUAUCCAGCCGUCCAGGUAUCUUAUUACAUGUGCUAAUUUGAGAUCACAGACGAUUAUGGCGCACUUGAACCUUCUAUCUCUGGCAGGAUCAUGGAGCUUCAUCACACGAAGCACCAUCAAACCUAUGUCAACAACUUCAAUAUCGCGAAUGAGCAACUUGAGGCCGCUGAAUCUAAGGGAGAUAUUGCUACUGCCAUUGCAUUGCAGCCACUCAUCAACUUCCACGGUGGUGGACAUUUGAACCAUAGUUUGUUCUGGGAAAAUUUGGCACCAAGAAAGAAUGGUGGUGGUGGAGAACCCGCAGGUACUUUGAAGGUAUGGCUACGAUCCUUCCUCUAAGAAGUCUAUAAAGCUUUGACUCCUGGAGGGCAAUGGCUAAUCAUACUAUUUAUAGGCUGCAAUUGAGACCACGUAUGGAGACUUCUCAUCCUUCAAGACCAAAUUCAACUCGGCAUUGGCAGGCAUCCAAGGUAGUGGAUGGGCGUGGUUAGUCAAGGAUAACGAGACUGGUCAAGUUCAAAUCAAAACAUACGCAAACCAAGAUCCAGUAGUGGGCAAGUUCACUCCCUUAUUGGGGGUUGAUGCUUGGGAGCAUGCAUACUACCUGCAAUAUGAGAACAGAAAGGCGGACUAUUUCAAUGCUAUCUGGGAUGUGAUUAACUGGAAGACUGUCGAGAAGAGAUUGUAGUGAAUUAGGGAUGAAGGAGACCAAAAAGGAGAUACCUAAGCAGUCAUUGAACGGAGAAUGGAUUUAUGAUCAGUUGAAGCGAUAUUGCAGCGUUUUUUGUAACCUUCAGAUACUGAGGGAGCUAUAAUCCACAAACACACACCGUUUUUACA